GAGAAAACGAAACAACUACAAUAUGGCAAAUGUCUGCUGCACUUCUGAUAGUCAAAGAACAUAUUUUAGCUUCUCUUAGUCACUGUACUUGAUCUACUGCUUCGAAAAACGUGCGGUCAUGGGGAAUACUGAUACAAAAUUGAAUUUUCGAAAAGCAGUAAUCCAGUUAACAACAAAAACUCAGCCGAUUGAAGCUAAAGAUGAUGUUUUUUGGGAUCAGUUUUGGUCAGAGAGUGUCCAAAGUGCUCAAGAUGUUUUUACUCUUAUUCCUGCUGCAGAGAUUCGAGCUUUGCGAGAAGAGUCACCUUCAAAUUUAGCUACUCUAUGUUAUAAAGCUGUUGAAAAAUUAGUAGCAGCAGCUGAUAGUUUAUGUAAUACACAUGUACAGCAGCAGACAGUUUUAAACUGUGUCAGACUUUUGACUAGAAUUUUACCAUACAUUUUUGAAGAACCAGACUGGAGAGGAUUUUUUUGGUCAAGUCUUCCUGGAAAGUCAGGUGAUGAAACAGAUAGUGAGGUGAGAUUAUUGAAGUGA